AUGUCCCGCAGGAAACUAUGCUGCCUUUUAAUUUUCUGCUACCUGCAAGUCGCCCACACGGCCGACGAAAACUCCGAAAUUUCCUGCAAUAUAAACGUUAAAAAAGCCGCGCAGCGCGUCAGCGAGAAAUUCCUCAGCAUUUCCGUCGAUCCCGCCGUUUUACUGGCCGGCGUCAACUUGAGUGAAAAUUCUUUACGUUUGGCCAAACACCUGUACCCCUCGUACAUCCGAAUCGCCGGUCCUUCGACCCGGUUCGUCAAGUACGUGGACCAAGACGACAAGUCGCUGAAUUUCCUAUCGGACGGCGGCGACGCCAUGAAGAUCACGCCGUCGGUGUGGUUCGGCGUCAACGAGUGGUUCAAACUGGCCAAAUUGACGCCGAUAUUCGCCAUCAACGACGCCGAAACGGCGCGCGGCCUCGUCUGGAACCCCAAAGCCACAUUGCCCCUUUUCGAGCUCGCUGAGAAGCUGAACAACGAGACGAGGUACAAGCAGGAUAUUAAUAUUCUGCAUUAUGUACUUACCGCAUACGGGACGAGCAACGACACGUGGAAAAUAAUCGGUAGCGACUUGAGCAGUCUCCCUGUGGACCGCGUGGAGAACGUGUUGAUGGACGAAAGCGAGAUACUCGAAGCUGCCAUGUGGGAACCCGAACAAGCACCGGAAAGUUUCCCCGGUAAAGACGCUGCUUACAAGAUCCUAUCCCGCCCGAGCGCGAGACCGAGAACUAAAGUUUGGACCACAGCGCCGAAAUCUUUAGGACCGGUCACCUUCGAGUCCGCUCUUCUGUGGGCCAAGCAAGUGGGAAACGCCGCUAAAGCCGGUUACGAAGUGAUUUUCCGACAACCGCGCAUCUACGAGCUCUUCAUAGACACACCAGUUUACUGGUUCUCGCUGUUACACAAACAACUGAUGGGCUGUAACGUUUUAGAGGCGAAAUCAUCGCUUUUCCAAGGCGACAUCGACGUUUUCGCUCACUGUACGCGCAAACAAAACAGCUUCGUUAGAAGAGGAGCCAUGACGGUUAUGAUCGUCAACGAUCGCCCUGUUAAGUACAAGGUGAAAGUAAAAUUAGGCAACAACUUCUCCGACAAAUCAAUGGAAAUCCAAACUUACCUGCUCACCUCCGACCGCACGAACUCCACCGAUGUUUACCUCAACGGGCAAUUACUGAGCUCCCAGAUACUCCAAGAGAAGAACCCCUUCCCGCCGAAGAUACGCCGAACCAAAACCUCAUCGCACAUUUUGUUGGCUCUACCGCCCUCUUCCAUAGGGUUCUUCGUAUUGCCCGGGGCUAGAGUUCCGGUGUGCAUCGAGCAGGAAAACGAAACGCAACUGCUGCUCGAGGAAAUCGAAGAGAACCAGAAAAGCGGACUGUCCGGCGAAAUAGCCCUGCAAUUGGGUUCGAGAAGUUCCUUCAACGGAAACAACGCGCUGCUAGAAAUCACGCGAAAACUAAAACAGGAAUUCGAAUCCGACGAAAAGCUUUAUAGCAAAGCCGGUGAGAAAGCAGCGACAGAGCAACACGUUGAAUUAGACGCGAAAUUAGACGACAAAAAAGAUGGUAGAAAAACGUACUUGGACAGAGUGAAAUUCGCCGAUAAGCACAAGAAAUUCCUCGACUUCCAAAGGAGAAACGACGCUUUGAAGAAGCUCUUUUUGGACAAAUCGAAGCCCGUGCAAAAGCCGAAAUCGAUGGAUCUAACCAGCGAGGAGAUGGAGAAGAUUUUGAAAGACCGAGCCAAGGAAAGGGCCGCGAAGAAACACAUAGUAUUCACGGACGAAGAACUCGAAGCGUUGAUUCGCAAAACCAGCAAAAACUUCAACAAACGCGCCAUAAAUCAAGACCUUUUGGAAAAAUACAGCAGGAAGAACGGCGAUGAAUUCGAAGACGAUUGGUACACGUUGAACCAGCAAGGACCCGAGCUCCAAAUAAGGGGUAAAAGAGAAGUCCAGAACAUCGAAAAGCGCGUUCGAAGUCCCAGAGGCAUCAAUUUCAAUCUGUUGGAUUUGAAAUCGAAGAUUGCCGAACACAAGAGAUUCUGGGACGACAAAAAAGAAGAGCUUCUCGGCAACUCAAACUCCAUCAAGCAGAACAUCCAAGAGAAAAUCAAGGAGCUCAAGUCCAAAUACCGAUUCAAAAGAGACAUUAACGCAAAUGCAUUGAAAAAGAAAUCGAAAUCAGUCAGCAACGAAGAAAUCGAAGCGACGAUACGAAAACCAGGACAAACCAGCGACGAACUCGCCGAAGAAUUAGAGCUAAACCGAUCCCAUGAUGAAGAAGAAGAGAAACAAAUUAACAAAGGCGAAGUAUUUGCCGAACUGGCGGAUUCAGAAGACGAAGAGGACGACGACAUACUAAUCAACGACAAUCCCAAGCCGAAGAAAUUAAGCUUGUUCGAGAAGAAGGCGAAGAUAGACCCCUUCGCAGUGGAGCGUCCUACCAUCGACAUCGUCGAGCCCAUCAGGAGGAAGAGCAAGAAGAAGAAGAAGAACAAGGCUGAGGAUACCCUGCAGUUUUUGACCACCUCCGAGGAAUUCCUGGACGUGGAAGACGACGUGCCGUUCAUUCACGAAUUCGACAUAAAAGCCGACAAAAUGAAGAAAACCGGCCAAGCGAAACUCCACGAAAUGAACGAGAAUUACGAUGCUCCCAGUUUGUUUAAGAGAGAUUUGGAACGCGCGAAAAGAGAUACCGGGUUUACCAUCAUAGAAAUGGCUGUUGUAAAGGACGAUAUGGAACCGGAGGAAUUUAUGCGAGAAGUGCUAUCCCCCUUUUUCGGCAUGUCCAAAAUGGAAGAGAUUUAUAAAAAAAUAAACAACAUCACUGCCAAUAAGAAACCAAGACACCGAAAUCCAAACACGAUUCCAAAGGAUCAGGAUAAUUCGUUAAAAACUGCAGACGAAUCCUUUUUUGCGAUUAACAACAGAUCAGAAGAUAAUUUGGAUGCCACUUUGGGUGUUGUUCAAUCUGCCACUAUCAAGGAUGAUAUAGUCUCCAAUGAAAGCCAAAACGAUGAAACUGAUGAUGCAAUUACACCUAACAAAGACGAUUAUGAAGAUACUUUCAAUAGUCUACAAUCGACCGAUAAAGAAGAUGACGCGCAACUCGAUGGAAUAUUCAAAGAUUUCGAACAAUUGGAUAAUUCUCUCGCGAUGAGGAGGAAAAGAGACACAUCUGAAGUAGUAGGGAGUCCAAAGAAGAAAAAUAAGAAAAAGAACGUACCAAAGAAGCAAGGCAAAAAGACGAAGAAAGACAAGAAACCGAAAGAGAACAACAGCUUCGCCGAUCAAAUGAAUAUGUUAAAGGAGAAACUGCAGGAGCGCAAAGACGAAAUAGACAAGAUGAUAAAAAAACAGAAGGAAAUCGAGCAGAGUACAAAGGGCAAGAAAGCUUCGAAAAAAUCCAAGAAAAUCGCACACAAGCGAUCCAUACUCGACAAUAACGAACAAGUAAUACCGAAUUUAAGAAAAUGGAGACCAUCCGAUAUAACACUAUUCAAAAAAGACAUCAGCUUUCCGAACAGAAUAUCGCCCCCUAACGAUUACAACAUCUUCAAAAACAUCUUCAACAGAAACCGCAGAUCCCUCGAAAUGGACUCGAACGAAAACGACAUUCAGCGAACCAACGAAAUCUCCAAAACGGACGACAUAAACGACAUCAAUCUUGUGUUAAUCCCCGAUUCGGCGAUCAAGGGAAGCAAAAAACUAAAAUCGAUUAUUCAAGAGUACAAAGACGAAUCCUACUCAUCAACUCCAAGCGAGGAAAACGGCACUACUGUCAUCCCUGAGGAAAAUAGUACUACAGCAACUCCAGCAGAUGGUUCGAGCACCGGGAAAAUUACGCUGGAAGAUGGCGAUUACAAGUUCAAGUUGGCCAACGAAGACGAAUUCGAUAUCAUCAAAUCGGGGAUCGGUACCGAGAUUAAAUUCGUGCGCCACGAACAUUCCACUGAAGCGAUAUCGCCUAAACAACGGGAGAAUGAUGGUGAUGUGGAAGGGACAACGUUUGUUCCGAAAAUCUUGCCCAGGGCGCUCCAGCCGUUCGAAGAUAUCGAAAAGUUUUUGGAAAAGGUGAAAGACGUGUUCGAAAAGGCCGGCGAAGAUAUCAAAUAUUAUUUCAAUAAUAUCGGAAUUAAGAUUUAAGUAAUUUAUAUGUAGGUAUUUAUUUAUACGUAUUUAUGUAAGUAGCUGGUUUUUUAUAACGAUUUUUAAUGGGGAU